ACGCCGCCAUCCAUCCCCCGCACCCAAAUUUCCGGCCCAAUCCGAUCCCCUACACCCCCAGAACCUCCGCCAACAAACCAACAAACCCUAGCGAUCGAUCGCCCGCCAUGGACUCGGACCAGGACUCCGCCGACGACUGGGUCGUCCUCGACUCCUGCACCUCCUCCUCCGACGACGACAUCGUCCUCGCCCUCUCCUCCGGCUGCGCCACCCCGGACUCGGCCACCGACUCCGACUCCGACUCCGCCCACCUCCUCGCCGCCGCCGCCUCCGCCGUCGCCGACGACGCCGAGGGCGUCUACGCGCUCUCCGACGCCGAGGACGACUACGCCUACCCGCCCCCGGCCCCGCCGCUGCCCCGCCCGCUCGCGGGCCUCUUCCACCACACGCUCGCCGGGGCCGUCCGCUACGCCGCCUUCGACCCCGCCGCGCCCGGGGACGCCCACCACGGCGCCAAGCAGCUCGUCCCGGACCCCACCUUCGCCUCCCUCCUCCGCGAGGACGCCGCCGCGCUCGCCUCCACCCGCGGCCUCGUCUGCCUCCGCGGCACGGCCUCCGGGGACUACUACGUCGCCAACCCGCUCGCCUUUGCCUGCGCGCGCCUCCCGCCCCCCGCGCGCGACCACUUCGCCAAGGGGGACCCCGCCGUCGUCAUCACCUUCGACGUCGACAGCGGCGCCGACGACGCCGCCGACGACGAGGAGCGCGCCCGCGGCUUCUUCUACCGCCACUACCACGUCGCCGUCGCCUUCCCCAUGGGCGAAGGCCUCUACGCCUUCGAGUCCUUCUCGUCCAGGACCUGGGAGUGGACCAUCGGCGCGGGAGUCGCCGCAGCCGAGACCGUCGUCCCCUUGUCCGGGGUCGGCGCGCAGGGAUGCGCCUUCUGGCGCACCACCAUGGGGUGGUUCCUCUGCUACGAGCCCGUCUCGGGAUGCUCGGACCUCGUCCCCGCGCCCUUGGUGGUGCAGCAGUGGCCCGUCUGGGAGCUCGGCGAGAUGGAGGGCACGCUCCGCGCCACCUGCACCGACGACAGCGUCGGCGCGGUCGUCGUCAUCUGCCUCGAUUUCGCGCGCCGCGACACCAGCGGCGCCGUCGCGUGGACUCUGGCGGGCCACUUCGAGGGGGGGUGCCUCAGGGGACGCCAGGACGUCAUGCUGCUGCGCUCACAGGGAAAGGCCGAGGUCGUCAUGUGGGACCGCACGGCACAGAUGGUCGUCGCCAUGGACCUCGAAGGACGCACCACGCGCACCAUCAGCUUCGUCCCCGGCAGCGACUGCUACGCCGAUUUCAUCCCCUACGUCAGCUCAUUGGCCGCGGUCUCUGCCUCCGGCAAUCGGUUGCAAACUAAGUCUAGGACUAAUGCUACUAAUGAAGCUGGUGCUGAUGCUGAGGCAUAUGAGAGUAGUAACAGCUAAAUCUGUACAUAAGCUGGAAUGGUUCGUUUUGAUGAUACGAAGGAAUAAUGAAAGCUUCCAGAGGUGUGCAGCAUAAGGGAAAGCGCAAAGCAGCAUUCUUUGUGGCGCAGUUUUGCCUGCUAGUGUCUCCAUCUUUUGCAGUGUCUCUAGUUGUGGUACAAACCACGAAUUAGCUCCUUUUAGUGUACAAAUGUAGGGACAUGUCACUAUCCGGUUCUGUCUAACAGUCAGUCCAAACUGGUUUAGCGAGUAGACAUCCUCUAGCGGUUUGACAUUUCUGAACGAGAACUACGAUCUCGUACUUUCGAUCUGGUUUCUGAUGUGUUUGCCUUUUCUACUUUUUUUUCUUUUUAUCAUGCGCAAUGCUUCGUUCGUGCAGUAUUCUGCUCGUGUUGGAUGGUUCUGCUUUUUUUAGAGAGGAUGGUGCUGCUUUGCUGCUUGUGAUGUGAAAAUUAUUUUGAACUCUGUUUUGCAGCUUUAUUCUGCUGCAGUUUUUGGGUUUUGUAGUUGCAGCAUUGGCAAAUUAAAUUCGUUCAUUGAAAUGUUAUGUAGAUCUUUGUUAACACUCACAUCUGUGAACUUGAAUGCACUUAGUGCACGUAUGUACGGUAGGAACUGUGUGAUGAUGCAACUUAGUGCAAGUUCUUUUUGUCGGUUGCAUAUUGGUACUGCUGAUGUUUGCCAUUCAGUUAUUUUGUCUUGCAGGAAAGUUGUACGUGUUGUUGUGUAAUCAACUUGAACUGCGUAUUUAGUUCAUGAUGGUUAUGAUAGAUGCAUGUGGUGCAGCAUACAUCUCUCAACGUUUGAAAUCAGAGAUUGGUAGUUGGUAUUCCUUGUUGGCAAACGCAUGCAUGCAGCCCAAUUAGAACGCUACUGGCCCAUGGCUUGGGUUCAGUUUCUUGUGCUGCUCUGCGUUUGUACCAGCAUUGUCUGUCCUCGGAGUUGGAUGCAUUUUUGUUUUGGGUCAUGCAUCAUUACCUUUCGAUUCUGUCUUGCAGCCCAGAGUUGAAGUAGACAAUGCAAUGUGCUGUUCUUAGUCCCGACUGCAAAUUUGGACUUAAGUUGCGCACUGAAUCUCUGGUGCUAAUCUGAGUUAGUGUUGUGAUCUUCAUCUUCUGAUUGUAUCUAGUAUUAAUUUCUGAAA